AUGGCGUUUCGGCUUACCACUUGGAAUGUCAACGGCAUCAGGAAUCCUUUUGGUUAUCAACCUUGGAGGGAAAAGAGAACCUUCCAAUCUAUGUUCGAUAUCCUAGAAGCGGACAUUGUUGUCAUGCAAGAGACCAAGAUCCAACAAAAGGAUUUACUCGAUGAAAUGGUUCUCGUCUCAGGAUGGGAUGUGUUCUUCAGCUUGCCAAAGCAUAAGAAAGGAUACUCUGGCGUCGCCAUCUACACACGCAACUCUACAUGUGCUCCCAUACGAGCUGAAGAAGGAAUCACCGGUAUCUUGACUCCUCCAAAGUCCACGACUAGAUACCGCGAUCUCCCAGAAGACCAACAGAUCGGCGGCUAUCCUCGACCCGGCCAGCUUGACGGUAUCAUCGACGAGGCAACUCUGGACUCCGAGGGCCGUUGUGUUAUCCUCGAAUUCCCAGGCUUUGUGCUCUUUGGGAUUUACAGUCCCGCGAACCGCGAUGAAACCCGCGACGAUUUCCGCCUUGGUUUCCUUCAAGCGCUUGAUGUCAGGAUACGGAACCUUGUCGCUGCAGGGAAGCAAGUCGUUCUCACAGGCGAUCUCAACAUCGUUCGCUCCGAAGUGGAUUCUACCAAUGUCUCAGAGACGCUUCGCAAAGGGAAUUUUGAUCUGAGCGAAUGGAUGAACAUGCCGGCGCGCCGCAUCUUCAACCAGCUCAUCUUUGAAGGGAGCGUACUAGGUGAGAGGGAUCAAGGUCGCCAAGCUCCUGUCCUCUGGGACUUGUGUCGCUACUUUCAUCCUGAGCGAGCUGGCAUGAAUACCUGCUGGGAUACAAAGCGCAACACGCGGCCUGCCAACAAUGGCAGUCGGAUCGACUACGUCUUAUGCAGCGACGGCAUCAAGAGCUGGUUCAACUUCUCGAAUAUUCAGGAGGGCCUGAUGGGAUCUGAUCAUUGUCCGGUCUUUGCCACUUUCUCGGACAAAGUAAUAGUACGCGGUGAAGAGCGUGCUUUACCGGAAAUGAUGAACCCACCUGGCAUGUUUCAUGGCGAAAGGCGCCUUCGAGAUUGGAAUGCGAAGGAUCUUCUUCCUUUGUCUGCAAAGCUAAUACCAGAGUUUGACCGGCGUCGGAGCAUCCGCGAUAUGUUCACAAAGAAAGCCGCCUCAGCCGCCCCUCCACAAGAACCAGCGAAUCCAGAAGCUGUUACAAAGUCUUCAACGAACGGGGAUAGCAACUCUGAAGGGAUCAAGGAAAAGUCAGAUGGAGCUUCAGGGCCUGAGACCAGCGCCAUCUCCAUACCAAAACUGGGCGAGACUAUUGGCUCAACCAAACAGUCCGUCUCUCCACUAAACGCCAAAAGGCCCGGGUCUGUCACCGACACGACAAGCCGACCACUCAAGAAGACCAAGUCUUUGGUAGGUGCCAAAGAUCUCAAGAACAAGGUGGCGCCUGGUCAACGCACGCUACAAGGGUUCUUCAAGCCCAAAGCGCCGGCGGCUCAAGAUGGCAAGUCGGAGCGAGUGGCGGCAAGUUCUACGCCGUCCCCAACAAAGAAGCCAACAGUCGCGACACGAGGAGCAGCCAGUCCGCAACAGCCAAACACCCCAGAAGCUAUGCUCACAGAGCGGUCACCGCUCAGGAUCUCUCAACGCGGAAACGAGCCCGACUCUUCCGACAGAGUGUUCGACCCAAUAGAAGCGAAGGAGUCAUGGUCCAAGUUGCUGGGAAAGAGGGUUGCACCAAGAUGCGAGCAUGACGAACCCUGCAUCAGCCUUACUACCAAGAAACCGGGAGUCAAUUGUGACUAUGGGCCGUAG